CCUGGACUACUUUUCCUUUCUCCGUGGAACUCCUUGUAUUUCGCGUGGGUAUGGAAAAGGGAGCUAAACCCAAAACGGCCGACCCCCAUGUCGCUGAAUGGGAGAUAAGGAUGCAUGCAUAUCAUAUCUGCACAUGUACCUCCGUACAGUACAGUAUACACUAUCUCCGUACUCUCCACUCUGCAUCAGCAAUUCCGCCAUCCCUGGCUGCUUUCUCCGUCUGCAUUUCCGGAUGGCUGAUGAGACAAUGACAACACCCGACCUGGUGGUCGGCGUGCCUCCACCAUCUCAUAAGGCGCCGUGUCAAUCAAGUCACUUGUGUGCUCCCCCCAGUUGCACCAUCCACCCCGUUGAAUACCUUGGUCGCGCCCGCACUUCACGAUGAAACCGAGAGAUGAACCAUAUGCUCUCCCACCUACGCCUCCCGAGACUGUCAUAGAUGGAGAUGCUGAGAAAGACUCGCCAUCGUACCCGCUACCACCGCCCACCAGGAUCCCUCCCCUAGUGCUCGACAUCGACCGCGUCACACCGGACUCACAUGUUCCAAGAGACCCCCGCCUGAUACGCCUCACUGGCGUCCACCCCUUCAACGUAGAGGCUCCCUUGACCGAUCUGUUCAACGAGGGCUUCCUAACCAGCCCAGAGCUGUUUUAUGUGAGGAAUCACGGCGCAGUACCCCAUGUUCGAGAUGAAGAAAUGCUCGACUGGGAGUUUAGCGUAGAAGGUCUAGUGGAGAAACCGCUCAUCAUAUCGCUACGAAGUCUCAUGUCGGACUUUGAGAAUGUCACAUACCCCGUGACUCUUGUCUGUGCGGGGAAUAGAAGGAAAGAGCAGAAUGUUGUCCGAAAGUCAAAAGGAUUCUCGUGGGGUCCUGCUGGUGUCUCGACGGCUCUUUUUACCGGAGUGGUGAUGAGGGACAUCAUCGAAAAGGCGCAGCCAUUGAGGGGCGCCAAAUAUGUUUGUAUGGAGGGUGCGGACAAGCUUCCGAACGGUUACUAUGGAACAUCGGUGAAGCUCAAUUGGGUCAUGGACCCCAAUCGAGGCAUCAUGGUAGCUCACGGCAUGAACGGAGAAAUGCUCAGACCCGACCACGGAAAACCGGUCCGCGCAGUCAUCCCUGGACAGAUUGGCGGGAGAAGUGUGAAAUGGCUGAAGAAGCUCAUCGUCACGGCGGAGCCGAGCACCAACUGGUACCACAUCUACGAUAAUCGGGUUCUUCCAACAAUGGUAGACCCUGACGAAGCCGCGAAUAAUCCAAAAUGGUGGACGGAUGAACGAUACGCCAUCUACGACCUAAGCCCAAACUCGGCCAUUGCAUUUCCGGCACAUGACGAGAAGCUGGUCCUCGACAAAGGGUCGGAGGUGUACAAUCUCAGGGGAUAUGCUUACAGUGGCGGCGGUCGGCGCAUCACACGGGUCGAGAUCUCCAUUGAUAAGGGCAAAUCCUGGAGGCUGGGUAACAUCCACUAUGCCGAGGAUGAAUAUCGGGCAUACGAGAACAAACAGCUAUUCGGCGGCCGGUUGGACAUGGACUGGAGAGAAACGUGCUUCUGCUGGUGUUUCUGGAGUUUGGAGGUACCAGUCGAAGAGCUGAGAGAGGCAAAGGAUAUACUGGUCCGGUCGAUGGACGAGAGUAUGAACAUGCAGCCUCGAGACAUGUAUUGGUCCGUUUUGGGGAUGAUGAACAACUGCUGGUAUCGCGUUGCCAUCCAGCAGGAGCACGGCUGCCUACGAUUCGAGCACCCCACUCAGCCAGCCUUGAUGCCAGGAGGGUGGAUGGAGAGGGUGAAAAAGGCCGGCGGCCGUCUAACCGAUGGAUACUGGGGUGAAGGAUCGUUCAUCGGCGAACCGGAAGGGGCACUCCCCUCGAUACCUGACGAAGUCAAGAUGACCAAAGAUGGGGUGGAUCGGGAAAUAACCAUCGAUGAGCUACGGAAGCAUGACAAACCCGAAGAACCUUGGUUCGUGGUCAACGGGGAGGUAUACGAUGGAACCGCUUUCCUCAAGGAGCAUCCCGGGGGCGCACAAAGCAUCAUCUCGGCGGCAGCGCUCGAUGUCAGCGACGAGUUUCUAGCCAUCCACAGUGAAACAGCAAAAGCCAUGAUGCCAUCGUAUCACAUUGGAUCGCUGGAUCAAGCAUCCCGCCGGAUCCUGACGGACGCGGAGCCCCAGGUAGAGUCCGGGGAGCCUCGCGCCGUGUUCCUUGACCCACGGACCUGGCACAAGGUGACACUCCAUUCGAAGGUAUCCAUAUCGUGGGACACGCGUAUCUUCACGUUCAAGCUGGACCACGAGGACCAGGCUCUGGGCUUGCCCAUUGGGCAACACCUCAUGAUCCGCCUGCGGGAUCCAGUGACAAGAGAAGCCAUUAUCCGGAGCUAUACGCCCAUAUCGGAGACGGGUCGAAAGGGCUUCUGCGACGUGCUGGUGAAGCUCUACUUGGACACCAAGGAGAGGGCUGGGGGAAAGAUGACCAAGGCGCUGGACGCACUCCCCAUCGGACACGCUGUCGAGUUCAAGGGGCCCAUUGGCAAAUUCGAAUACCUCGGGAAAGGGAAAUGUGCCAUCAACAACGUGCAACGCGACGUCAAGCGCUUCUUCAUGAUCUGCGGCGGCUCCGGCAUCACUCCCAUCUACCAAGUGCUCAGGGCCAUCAUGCAAGACAGGGACGACCCGACCAGGUGCGUGGUACUGGACGGCAACCGACUGCUCGAGGAUAUCCUCUGCAAAGCGGAUUUGGACAGGUUUGCAAGGGAGAAUGUUGACCGCUGCAAGCUCCUCUACACGCUUACCCAAGGGCCGCCCGAGUGGCAGGGGCUGCGCGGUCGCAUCUCUGCGGAACUAGUCCGAGAGCAUUGUGUGAAGGGAACAGGCGGGGACAGCCUCGUCUUGAUCUGCGGGCCGGAGUCGCUGGAGAAGAGCGCUCACCAGAUUCUCAUCGACCAGGGCUGGUCGGAUGAUGAAUUGCUGUUCUUCUGA